AUGUCAGAAACACCAUUAAAGGAUUCAUUUGUAUUCAAAUCUAUUAAAGUAGGAGAAAAGACUCUUUCCAAUAGAGUUGUCUUCUGUCCAACUACAAGAUUUAGAGCUGCUUCAAGUCCAGAUGAACCAAAUACUAGACAUGUUCCUCUGGAUCUUAUGAUACAAUAUUAUUCUGAUCGUGCUCAAUAUCCAGGUACUUUAUUAGUUUCAGAAGCUACUUUAAUUUCAGAUCGUGCUGGUGGAUAUGAUGGAUGUCCCAAAAUUUCCACAAAACAAGAAACUAAAGCAUGGAAGAAAGUUAUUGAUGCAGUUCAUAAAAAAGGGUCUUUUAUUUCUUGUCAAUUUUGGUUUUUAGGAAGAGUUGGAUUUCCUGGAAUUUUAAAACAAAGAGGUUUAGAUUAUAUUGCCCCAUCACCUAUUUAUGAUGAUGAAUUACAUGAAAAACAAGCUAAAAAAGUUAAUUUACCAUUACGUGAAGUAACACAACAAGAAAUUCAUGAUAUUAUUUAUAAUGAUUAUACUAUUGCUGCUAAAAAUGCUAUUGCUGCAGGAUUUGAUUUUAUUGAAUUACAUGGAGCUCAUGGAUAUUUCAUUGAUCAAUUUUUACAUGAAUGUUCUAAUCAAAGAACAGAUAAAUAUGGUGGAUCAAUUGAAAAUAGAUGUAGAUUUGUUUUAGAAUUAAUUGAUCAUUUAAUUACUGUUGUUGGAGCACAUCGUUUAGCACUUAGAUUAUCUCCAUGGGCUGAAGUUCAAGGUAUUGUUGAAAAUGAAAGUCCUAUUCCAACAUUUGCUUAUUUAAUUAAACAAUUACAAAAACGUGCUGAUCAAGGAAAUCAAUUAGCCUAUUUAUCAGUUGUUGAACCAAGAGUUCAAGGUACCGUUACUGUAUCAUUAAAUUCCAUGAAAGGUGAUAAUAAAUUUGUUGAAGAAUUAUGGGAAGGUGUUUUAUUAAGAGCAGGAAAUUAUACUUAUGAUGCUCCUGAAUUUAAAAGUAUUGUUGAAGAUACUUCAAAUGGUAGAACUUUGGUUGGAUUCAGUAGGUAUUUUAUAUCUAAUCCUGAUUUAGUUCUGAAACUUAAGAAUAAUCCAACUGGAUUGGUGAAAUAUGAUAGGAAAUUGUUUUAUGAAGCAUUCAAUUGGGGGUAUAAUACCUAUGGACAAGAUGGACCUAUAGAUGAAGAAACUGAAAGAAAGAGAUUUCCAAAGAUUAUCCCAUCCGAUGAAGCGAAAUUAUAG